AUGUCACAGUUCCGGAAAGCGUUCAUGGCCGCCGUCGUCAAAAGCUUGCUUCGGGGCAAGUCCCUGAUACAGGCCAUCUUGGCCUUUUGGUUGUCGGGGAACAAGAAGAGCAAGGAAACAGACGGCCAGAAGAAGACUCUCCAGCAGUUCCUAAAGGAUGCCGAGGCCGCACUGGUCGGCCCCAUCAGCGGUGAUGGCCUGCAGGAGAUUUCGAUGAACUUGAAGAAGCAGAUUCUGGAGGGGCUCAACGCGGAUUUGCAGUGCAUGCUGCCCUCAUACAGCCACCAACUGCCAUCAGGGUCCGAAAGUGGGCAAUACUUGGCCUUGGACGUGGGAGGAUCGACACUGAGAGUUGCCUUGGUUGAACUGCGAGGACGCGGGACGGAAUCUGGAAGUGCCACUGAGAUUGUGAGCAUUCAAAAUUACAAAAUCACCAAGGAAGUCAAGGAUCUCGAGGGAAUGGCCUUUUUCGAGUGGAUGGCCGCGCGUAUUACCGAAACCAUCCAAGGUACGCUCAACAGACAACACAGCGCCGAGGAUCCCCUGCCUCUUUCUUUGGCGUGGAGUUUCCCCAUCGAGCAAACGUCUCUUGGUGGCGGCAGACUUGCAGCGAUGGGUAAGGGCUUCUUGGCCGAUAUUGGCCUCGUUGGACAAGACCUAGGAGACAUCGUCAAGACCGCAUGCAAGAACCAAAACCUCCACGUCGAGCUCAAGACCAUUCUGAAUGAUUCAAGCGCCUGCUUGCUAUCACGAGCGUACUCUCACUCGUCGACACGAUUUGGCCUCAUCCUGGGCACCGGUGUCAACAUCGCUGCCUAUCUGCCCGUCUCAUCCAUCGGCCGAGUGAAAUUCGGCGAGCGGCCAGCCGGCUGGUUCGAUGAAGCGUCUCACGUUAUUGUCAACACAGAGCUCGGCAUGUUUGGAUCCAAGAUCUUGCCCCUGACUCGAUGGGACCGACAGCUGCUCAAGGAGCACCCCAGACCCGACUUCCAGCCCUUGGAGUACAUGACUAGCGGCAUGUACCUUGGCGAGAUUGUCCGGUUGAUCUUGGUGGAGGCCAUUCAGACGACUGGUCUUCUGGGCGGCGUCGUCCCGCCUGCUUUGACCGAGCUUUAUUCUCUCGGCACCGAAGUCGUCUCCUUAAUAGAGGGUGACACCACCACGGACCUAUCACAGGCUAUCAGCAUCUUUACUGAAAAGUACCCUUCGGCUCACACUCCCAGCGUUGUUGACAUGAGCGCCAUCAAGGCCAUUGCAUCAUUCGUUUCUGUGCGUUCAAGCGCAUUGAUCGCCUCCGCCGUCUACGCCCUCUGGGAUAUUCGCCUGGAAGGUGAUGAAAAGUUUCUGUCAACCCUUUCUGAGUCCUCUCCCCUUCGAUCCAAGGUUGAAGACGACAUCAAGAUGGAGAAGACCACCGUUGCGUUCAACGGCAGUGUCAUUGAGCACUACCCAGGCUACUUGGCUAGUUGCCAACGAUACAUCAACGAAUUGAUGGAAGGCAACUCAUCCGGUCUGCCAAAGUUCAUUGAGCUUGUUUCUGCCAAGGAGAGCUCAUUGACGGGAGCUGCCGUAGCAUUGGCGUGCGUCGACUCAUGA